UGUUUCAUAACACUAUGUGCUUUCUUAGGAUUCAUGGCGUGAUCUUACAACAGCUUUUGCGAGUGGGCGUUCUUUAUUUUCAUUGAGUGGACGUUUACAGAGAUCUCUAGCAGAAACACUUGCAUGUGCAGCUUCCUGCAUCAAGGAUCCUGAGGCAUCUGUGCAGUAUUUGAGAGACCUCAUGGGACCAGUCGCAGGAUGCCUAGUAGAAAAUGCUAGCAGGAGUGAUCUCAAAUCUGUUGCACAUCAACCAGAUGUUAUCUACAUGGUCUGUUGCCUAUUGGAAAGGCUAAGAGGAGCUGCUAGAGCUACUCAGCCUCGCACUCAAAGGGUUCUGUUUGAGAUGGGUCAUACCGUGAUGAACUCACUCUUGACUCUUCUGGAAGUGUACAAAAAUCAGCCUGAAGUCAUAUACAUGAUACUCAAGUUCGUGGUUGACUUCAUUGAUGGUCAAGCUGUAUUCCUGGAUGGUAAGGAGACAUCAGUCUUGAUGAGCUUUUGCUUACGACUGCUCCAGAUAUACUCCUCGCAUAAUAUUGGAAAGGUAAUGCUCUCUCUGUCUUCAACUCUGCGCAGUGAGUCACAAUCUGAAAAAUACAAGGAUCUGCGUGCUUUGCUUCGGCUUUUAACAAAUAUAUGCUCCAAGGAUUUGGUGGGUUUCCUAUCUGAUAGCAACAUUGAGGGCUCCCCAGAUAUUGCAGAGGUCAUCUAUGUUGGUCUUGAUAUUGUGACUCCCUUGAUAUCUUUGGACCUUCUUAAGUACCCUAAACUCAGUCGUGAUUAUUUUAUACUGAUGUCACACUUGUUGGAAGUGUACCCUGAGAAGGUUGCUCACUUAAACAGGGAUGCUUUUGGAAGAAUUAUUGGCAGUCUUGAAUUUGGCCUGCGCAAUCAGGAUAGCGAUGUUGUUGAGAGGUGCCUGGCAGCAGUAAAUGCUCUUGCUUCAUACCAUUUCAAAGAAAGAAUUGGAGGGAGAGGAGGACUUAGUUCACAGCUUAUGGAAUCUGAAGGAUCGAAUGGCAAGCUACAGGAAAGCAUAUCAAGUCACUUCUUGAGGCUUCUCCUGCAAUUACUUCUGUUUGAAGAUUUUAGAAUGGAAUUAGCAGGGUCUGCUGCAGAUGCUUUGCUUCCUUUGCUUUUCUGUGAACAGGAGCUAUAUCAGAGACUGGUCCAUGAGUUGCUUGAGAAACAGCAGAAUCCGACUGUGAAAUCAAGGCUGGCAGUUGCUUUCCAUAAUCUUACAAGCUCUAACAAUCUCUCAAGCACGCUUGACCGUCCAAAUCGGCAGAAAUUCAGGAAAAAUCUCCGUACUUUCUUAGGCGAGGUCUCAAGCUUCAUGCAGAUAAAGUAAUCGUGAUGAUAGGAAAACAGUGAUGUCUGGUCGAUACAUGGAAGAUCUUUCGCCAUUGUGGCAGGAGUGCAUAUGUGUGCAUAUUGCGGCUGAACAUAGUGGCAGGAGUGCUGGCACGAGGUAGAGAAACGCAGUCCCCAUCAUUUGUUGAAGGGAUAGUUGAAACAGAAAUGACUGGAACAUGUUGAAAUGUUCCAGGAUCAGCGUCCGUGGCUGCAUUCGGUGGUGAAGAAUUGGAUGGCCGCACAUGAGAUUCGUUGUGUAAAUUUUGUUGGGAGUCAAUGUCAUGUAGAAAAGGUGGGCAUUUUGUUGCAUCCUGUACUUUUUCGCAUUUCCCCCACAUAGGAAUACAACUUUGGAGGAAACGAUUCUGCACCAGCUGGUGUGUGUCCGUAGCUUGUGCCCGUCCCCUUCAAACUAUAUCCAGCUCCCUAGUGUCAGAAGAUUAAAAUGUUAGGCCUGCCUUUACAAUGCUCA